AUGCUUGUCACAUGCUCAGUCUAUGCACUCACUGCACACUUGGUCUAUGCACUCACUGUGCACUCUGUGGACUUGGUCUAUGCACUUGGUCUAUGCACUUGGUCUACGCACUCUGUGCACUUGGACUACACACUCACUGUGCACUCUGUGCACUCAGUCUAUGCACUCACUGCACACUCUGCACACUCGGUCUAUGCACUCCCUAUGCACUCUGUGCACUCUGCACACUCGGUCUAUGCACUCCCUACACACUCUGCACACUCGGUCUAUGCACUCCCUACACACUCUGUGCACUCUGUGCACUCGGUCUAUGCACUCCCUGCGCACUCUGUGCACUCGGUCUAUGCACUCCCUGCGCACUCUGUGCACUCGGUCUAUGCACUCCCUACACACUCUGUGCACUCGGACCCUGGGGCAGGGUCUGGAAAGUAG